AGUUGGGAAAGCGUCGUGGGUGCAAUCGGUCGCGUCUGGACGUUGUUAGAGCGUCUUCUGGCUAGAGCUUUCCUAUUUACAUGGAAAUGGGAGGCAGGUCAGUGUAAUUUCCCACCCAGUGGGACUAUUUAGUCUUGUGUCGUGUCGUGCAAGUGUUGAGAAAAGUCCCCCCCUCCAGCUUUCAUGUUUUUCCCGCCAUCCGGUGUGGACUCAGACAGAAAUAAUUAAUUGGAGAAAAAUUGUGUUAAUUCACCGCACUAUAUUCAUAUGAGACACAAUAAAAAAGCAUUGUGGAAAAUGGGUGAACACGACACAUUCAAUUGACUUAACACACGACAAGCACAUCAAUUUCAGUGAAACUUUUCCCCCGUAGAAGUGCAUCGCAGAAAACUUUCUCCUGGGCUACCCGCACUUGGAUUGAUAGUCGUCUCGCCGGCAAAAAGGGCUGCUCUUAGGGUGUUUUUCGUUUAGCUGAAUAUAUAAGAACGAUGUGGUAGACGAAAAGGAAGUGACAGAAACGACAUGCUACGCAAUUGUGGCUGUUUCCGGCGGACACGCCGCAGUUUGAGCUUUGAGGAUUCAUCCUCUUGUCGUUCUUCGGAGAUUGAGCGAGGAGGCCAGCUCACUCCCACCAAUGGUAGCCUGCUAAAGCUCUUUAGUACCAAAGGAUGGUGUGGCCAGUGGAGAAAACCAAGUCGUGGCAUGAGCAUGUCAAAAAUUGAAAGAACAAUGAAAGCGGCAAUUCUUAUUCAGCGAUGGUAUCGACGAUAUCUAGCACGAAUGGAAGUGCGAAGGAGGUUUUCAUGGACCAUCUUUCAGAAUCUCGAGUAUGCUGGUGAACAAGAUCAAUUGCGUUUGUACAACUUCUUCAAUGCUCUACUCACGCACAUUCCGGACACCGUUUCUAAGCAGACGGACUCAUGCGAAAGCUCCAGGUCAUCAUCGACAGAGGGAAUCGAUAUGAAGUUCUCAGAUGAAUCAGAUGAGUUGGCAGAAGAGGGAAUCAGUGGCCCGGAAAAGCAAGCAUAUCGUGGGCCUCAUAUCACAUUUCCACUCACGAAGAAGGACCUCGAUGCCCUCAUAGAUCUCUUCCGGAAGAAGAAGUACAACCGCCUCCAUCCUAAGUACGUGGCCGGAAUUUUGCGGGAGGCCAAGGCGCGCCUUAAGCGCCAACCAAAUCUCAAUCAAGCCUCCACAGCCAUCUCCAAGCAAGUUACCAUUUGUGGGGACCUGCACGGGAAACUCGAUGAUCUCCUUGUCAUUUUCCAUAAGAAUGGACUUCCAUCGCCUGAAAAUCCUUAUGUGUUCAAUGGAGAUUUUGUGGAUCGUGGGAAGAAGGGUCUGGAAGUGUUUCUGCUGCUCUUGGCAUGUGUCAUUGUCUAUCCUGGUGGUGUUUUCCUCAAUCGUGGCAAUCAUGAGGACUCCGUCAUGAAUGCCAGGUAUGGAUUCAUCCGAGAAGUGCAUCAGAAAUACAAGCACAAUGCUGAAAGACUCCUUAAGAUGAUUGAAGGGGUCUAUAGGUGGCUUCCUCUUGGAACCAUCGUCAACAAUCGCGUCCUUGUGGUUCAUGGAGGAAUCUCUGAUUCAACAGACUUGGACUUGGUGAAGAGUCUCGAUCGAGGGAAAUAUGCCUCGCUCCUGAGACCACCAAUAAUGGAAGGAAGUGCCCCUGGAGUCGAUAUGAUUGACCGUGUUGAGUGGAAACAGGUCUUUGACAUUCUCUGGAGUGAUCCACAACACAACGAAGGCUGUCGCCCAAAUUCUCUAAGAGGUGCCGGAACCUACUUUGGACCGGAUGUCACAAAGAACUUCCUGCAGAAGCACAAACUCACCUAUAUAGUGAGAUCGCAUGAGUGCAAGCCCGAUGGACAUGAAAUGGUGCACGACGGAAGGGUCAUUACAAUAUUUUCCGCCUCCAACUAUUACGAAAUCGGCUCCAACAAAGGGGCAUAUCUCAAGCUGGACCCACAGCUGGAUAUUCAUUUUGUGCAGUACACUUCGGCGGCUUCUAAAACCAGGAAGCUUACUUUCCGCCAAAGAGUUGGUCUCGUGGAAAGCUCUGCAAUCCGGGAGUUGGCGGAACAACUGAGGAAUCGCCGAGAUGAACUGGAGCAGGAGUUUCUCAGUCGUGAUGAUACCAAAUCAGGAUUGCUGACACUGGCCAAGUGGUGCGAAGCCAUGGAAGCUGCCACAUUCUUGGGGCUCCCUUGGCGACUUUUGCGGGACAGACUGGCUCCUCUUGACCCUAAUCAACCACCCACAACUGUGAAGUACGCCAAGACACUCGAACUCCUCGAUUCGGACUCUAUGAAAACAAAUCCAGGAUCAGCUUCCGUGGCAGAAUCUCUCUAUCGCAACAAAACUAGUUUGGAGGCAAUCUUUCGAAUCCUUGACAAGGACAAUUCGGGCCAGAUUUCUUUGGAGGAAUUUUCUGAGGCAUGCCACAUUCUCCAUAAGCACCUACCAGAGCAUGGGACGGAAGAAGAGCUUAUGGAUAUGUGCAAGAUGAUGGAUAUCAAUAAGGAUGGUCUUGUUGAUCUCAAUGAAUUCCUUGAGGCCUUUCGUCUCUGCGAUCAGGCUCGUCGUGGCCUACGGAAGCCUCUGUGUGAGAUUUUGUCUGUAGAUGAUGAUUUUAUAAGGCGCAAGAGUGUUCAGGAAAAUGGUACAGUUACGCUAUCUGGGCAAAAGGCCAAUGGGGAAGUUAAAGAAAAGACAGAUGAUGAGCCAGAGCAUAAGAUAAAGACAACAGUGACCAAAGAUGAGGACGAUGAUAUUGAAGAAGGUGAUACAGAGGACGAGAGUGACUACACGGACCAGAUUGAUGACGAAGAGGCUAAAAAGGGGAACAAGAAAGCUCCUGAAGCACCCAAAGAUGAAGAUUUGUAGACUUUUUGUCUUCCCGCGUUUUUGUCGUCUUCUUUACCGUCCGCUGUUUAGAUGUUUGUCGCCCAGUAAAGACACAUACCAUAUAUGGUGUAAAUCCCGGGAUGAUAAUGUAGCAAAGAAAUGAACCUGUAACUGAACAAAGAGUUAUACAAGAGAAAUAGGGGGUUCUAUUCCCUCAAAAAGAUUUUUUUAAUUUCUAGAUAAGCAAAAUUUUAAUUGGAGAAUUAUGCCCAACGCACAAUCACUUUUGUUUGUAAACAUGUUUUUAAAAUUUUCUAUAAGUGUGAGCGAGAUAACUAGAUUUAGAUCUCACUCAUUCUCAUUGAAAUGUCAAAAACAUGUUUACAAAAUAAAUAUCAUUGUGCGCUGGACAUUAAGAAAAAUUGGUUCAUAAAUUAAUUUUUUUUUCGCUUAUAAAAUUGACUAUUUGAUAGCAAAAAACAAUCAUUUUUAAUUAAAUUGCCCCCUAGGCUCUUUUGAUGUGUAAUUGUUCAAAAUUUGGGAUCAAAAUCACGAAAACUAUUAAGUAUGAAAAAUCUCAAUGUAACGACUAAGAUAAAUCUCCAAAUAUCGUGUGUUUUCCAAGAGAAAAUUUUCGAAAUCCUCAUUGUUAUUUCACUAAAAAAAGUACUUUUAGAUAAUAAGAUAUUUAUUGAAAUAUAAGAAAAAUUAAAUCAAGAAAUGAUGAAUAUCGAUGUUGAAAUUUUUUCUUCAUUGUGAAUUUAUUUCGAGAUUAAUCCACAUUGUAAAACCUUAUCUCAUGUUAUCCCUAUUAAGAACAGAACCUAUAUGAUAUUUCCAAACAUAAGAUGCAAAAUAUUUUAAAGGGAAAAUUUACCUGCAUAAAAUACUCAGUGUUAAAUGUAAAUGGGCCAAAGAGAUAUCCCUAAAACCCAAUGGUUUCAAUACUUGAAACACUAUUAUAAUUUUUCUAUAAAACCUCUAGAGAAAUUAGUAAA